AUGGUGGCCAAAGCCCCGCCCCGUCCUACGGCCGUUGUCGUGGAUCAGGGCCUCAGGUACCGCUCCAAGACGCGCGGACUAUUGCAUACCCACAACUUGCCAGCGCUUCAGAAUUUACUGAAGCGUGAUCCGUCAGCGUACACGGAGGAUUUCCUUGCGCAAUGGAACCACUACGAGAGCCUACGGCGCAUUUUUGCGUCGGGUGUGGGGCAGCAAGUCGAGGGCGCUGCACUGGACGGCAAUGUGAGUGCUGUGCGCAUGAGCAAGGAUCAGCAGUCGCAAUUUGAUCAGCUGCUUUCGUUCGUGGCACAGCUGGCGCCAAGCUACCCAGACAUCACCAAGGCUCUGCCGGAGCAUCUCAGUGAGCUCCUGCUAGAGCACCAUGCGAGUCUUAGCCCCGAGACACGCAAGACGUGCUUUCGUGCAUUGUCCCUACUGCACAAUCGCCAGAUGAUUUCCAGUGAAUUUUUCCUCAAGACGCUCUUUCCUCUGCUGAGCAUGACGUCGUCGUCCGACAUGCGGACGAUGCUGCUCCAUGCGAUUGUACAGGACAUUAAGCUUGCGAACCAAAAGUCGAAGGAUCCUCGUCUGAACCGCAUGGUCCAGGGUCUGUUGUUUGGCAUGGUAGAACGUGGCAUGAAUCCGGACGAUACGAGCGUUGUACUGCGCCGUGCCGAUGCCGAGCUCAAGGGACGCACCGAAGCUCUGUGGGCGGUGCGAGUAGCCUCUGAAAUGUGGCGACGCAGGAUCUGGACGGAUGAGCGCACUGUCGCUCUGCUUGCUAUGGCAUGCACGCACCCACAUCCCAAGGUGCAGGCAUCAGCCGUGCGCUUUUUCCUGGGUGAUUUGCAUGCGGCAGAAAACGCAGGGCACGACAGCGAUGAAGAGCAGGGCGAGUCAGAGGAUGUAGGACGCCUCCAGCACCAGAACCGAGUCGGUAAAAAGACCAAGGCUGCUGAGCGACGACUGAAGCUCGCCAAGGCGCACGCACGUCGGCGACGCAAGGAGCAAUCGGAAAAGGCCCUCGAUGAAGCAGACCAGGAAACGGGCAACUUGGCGGCGAUUCACCUCCUGUAUGACCCGCAGUCAUUCGGCGAGAAUCUGUUCGAGAAUCUCAGCCGCGGCGACAAGCGGCAUUCGCUCGAAGUCAAAGUGCGCAUCAUGCAGCUGCUGAGCCGGGUGAUGAGCGUACACCGUUUGACCAUUCUGAGCUUUUACAGCUACAUGGCCAAGUACCUCAUGCCGCACCAGCUCCAUAUCACCCUGAUUCUUGUAUCGCUGGCUCAGUCCGUGCACGAGCAGACGCCGACAGAUGUUCUGACGCCGGCCAUCCGCAAGAUUGCGUAUGCGUUUGUGCAUCCUGGCGUCAGUGCCGAAGUCGUCGCGGCCGGUAUCAACACGAUCCGAGAGAUCUGCCGCCGGCAGCCAUGGUGCAUGGAGCAAGAUCUGCUGGAGGACCUGGUUGCGUACCGUCACUCCAAGGACAAAGGCGUCAGUGCGGCAUCACGGAGUCUCAUGCUGCUGUACCGCGAAGUCAAUCCGGGUAUGCUGCACCGCACAGAACGUGGCAAGGCAGCAUCCAUAGCCAUGGCUCAGGGCAAGGAAGCUGAGCGCUAUGGAGUGGACCGUCGAGAAGUGCAUGGCAUCCAGGGCCUUGAAUUACUCGAGCAGCAUCUGAAGGAGCGUGACGAUGAAGCGGCCGAUGAUGACGCACAGUGGGACGGCUGGGAAGUCGAGAGUGAUGACGAAAGCGAUAUGUCCGGUGGCUGGGUCAAUGUCAGCUCGGACGACGAGCAAGAUUACUUUGAGCUGGAAAAGAGUGAUGACGACGAAGAAGAGAAAGAUGACACGAAGGAGGUAGACACGCGUCCUAUGAGUGUGCGUGUGCGCGAGGCCCGACGAAAGCGCAAGGAAGAACAGAAGCAGGAGGGUGAAGACGAGUCAGAAUCGGAACCACAGCCGGAGCCAGCGUCUCACGAAGAGGCGCCCGACGCCUUUUCCGAGCUAGCGACGACGCGCAUCCUCACGCCCGCCGACUUCGCCAAGCUCAAUGAGCUGCGGCUCCAAGCGGCCGAGGAAACGGCCAAGACAGGCGGCGCAGCUGGCGCCCGGGCGCGGCGCGAGUUGGCAGCGCUGCAGCUGACCAAGAAGCGGACGACUGGCAGCCACGAGGUACUGGACGAGUCGGACAUUCUGGGCCCGCGCAAGAAGACCAAAGCAGACUACGAAGAACGUAUGGCGAGUAUCAACGCUGGCCGCGAGGGCCGCGAGAAGUUUGGCAGCAACAAGGGGAAGAAAAAGAAAGAAGUGGCCAGCAGCUCGACCAACCGCCAGAAGGCCAAAGGCAAGAACUUCCAGAUGGUGGCCAAGAGCUGGGGUGUGCGCAGCAAAAAGAAUGCGUCGCUGCGUGAGAAAAGCAAGCGCCUUCGCGCGCAUGUCAACCAGGCGAAGAAACGUAUGAAAUAG